UCCGCGAGAGAAUUUUCCGAGACUGGGUACUCGUGUUCUUUAAAUUACGUAAAUUCAUGAAGGGGUGAAAAGGUUUUAAAGUGCUAAGGAUUUUAAGAGAUUACUGUGGGGAUAGAAGAAAACGGUUUAUAUCAUUGAGUGGUUGAGGUUAAUUCAAAUAACAUAGUUAUGUGAUUUAUCGAAAUGUCUUGAAAUACAGAUAAUGGUUGGACAUGGAGAUGCUCAUGGACACCAUAAACCUCCUUAUGUGGUUCCAAAUUAUGAAACUUUCAAAGUCGAAGACUGCCCCAAGUUAAUAAAACUUCAAGAACGAUUAGCGAAACAUGGACUCAAAGACCCUUGGGUGCGGAACGAAGUUUGGAGAUACACCAAGGAUUGGGGGACUUCUAGGAGUCGUGGUUUCGAGUUCUUUACUAGAGGACUUAAAUUCGGCUUUGCGGCGUUCCUGGUAACUAUCGGAAUUGAAUAUGCUUUGGGUUUAAAUGGUGAUAAGCACCAUGGAGAACAUGGUGAGUCCGAUAAACAUCAUUGAAUCUAAUGGAUCGUUUUGGGGUAUAGUUACGUUGUGUAGUCUUAUAUACGUGAUGAGUUGUACAGAAGGAAAACCGAAGCAGGAGCAAAUAAAUAUGUAAGAAAUA